AUGCCACCAGGUUGCUCGAUCCAGGCGGACAACAGUUUUGGCCCUGCGAUAGAUCCUGGGUGCCGUGAUGGCUUUGAUUUCACGCUAUUGUUCGAGCAAGCCAUACUUGGCCUCAUUCCGGCGGUCGCAUUUCUCCUGGUGUGUCCUCUUCGAUUGAGAUUCCUGGUUAAGAGAAAUGUGCGGACUCAGCCUCACAUAAUGAGAUUGGCAAAGCUGAUAGCCGCCUUGAUCUUCGCCGCGAUUCAACUUGCCUUGCUUAUCAGCUGGGCAAAGAAAGCUCGGCCAAACACAAAGGUCUCUGUGGCAUCAAGUGCAAUCAAUUUGGCAGUGGCAGUGGAAAUUGUGGUCUUGACGUGGGUGGAAGAUGAGCGAUCCGUUAGACCGUCAUCACUCCUCGCCAUCUACCUUCUCUUCUCGUUACUAUUCGAUGCUGUGCAGACAAGAACUUUGUGGUUAUCCCACGGGAACUACCUGAUUCCGAGUCUUUUCACGGCCAGUGUUGCUGCGAAAACAGUAAUGGUGCUUUUUGAGAGUUUAGGGAAGCAGAAACACCUCAUGGGUCCCUACCAGGAUCUCCCUCCAGAGUCGACGAGUGGAAUUGUCAAUCGAUCGUUCAUGUGGUGGCUGAACCGUCUGUUUUUCAGGGGCUUUCGAUCUUUACUGAUGACGGAGGAUCUUGACCAUCUCGAUAAGCCCCUGGAGUCCGCGGGGACGGCGCAGAAGGCAUUGAGAGCUUGGGCUCAACGCCGGCGUCCCGAGCGCCGCUUCGAGUUCCCAUGGCAAAUGGGCCGAGCGUUCAAGGGCCCUCUUACUCUAACGAUACUUCCACGCCUCUUCUUGAUCGGAUUUACCUUCUCACAGCCCUUCUUGAUCACGUCUAUUCUCAAUUGGCUUGAUAGCUCCCAUAGCGCGAACAAUGACGGCUACGGGCUCAUUGGGGCCACACUUCUGAUAUACUUCGGAAUGGCUCUGUCAAACCUCAUAUACGACCAGCGUUUGUAUCGGUUUGUAACAAUGGUCCGAGGGGCAGCCUCCUCGAUGAUAUACGACCACGCCUUACACAUUCCAGAUGGCACCCUAGGAGACCGUUCUGCCACAAUUACUCUAAUGACUACCGACGUUGACCGGAUCAUCACCUGCUUAAUAACUCUGAAUGAAUCCUGGGCGCGGACGAUUGAAGUGGGCAUUGGCAUUGCGUUACUCGCGCUUCGGUUAGGGUGGGUUUGCCUAAUACCAUUAGUGGUCGUUCUCAUAUCCAGUGGAGGAAGUAUUUAUAUCUCGAAGCAUAUAGGAGGACACCAGAAAAUAUGGGUGGAUGCUGUACAGGAACGCAUAGCGAUCACCCGUUCAAUGCUGGAUGGUAUCCAAACCGUCAAGGCUACGGGGUUAGGUCAAACCCUUAUUCAGCUCUUACAGAGGAAAAGGACCCAAGAAACACACCGAAUGGCCAAGUACCGCUGGAGUGUGGUCUGGAAGAAUAUGAUCCAGAAUCUGCCUUGGGCAUUGGCGCCAGCUUUGACCUUCGUUGCCUACGCUGCUCAAGGAAAUGAACUGAACGUUACCGAGGCGUUCAGCAGUCUGUCCAUCAUAACCCUUCUAACUAGUCCAGCUUCUAAGCUAUUAAGCGCGAUUCCUACCAUAGCGGCUGCGACAGGAUCUUUUGAUAGAAUACAAGCAUUUCUUCUGCUGGCAACCAGUCCUCAACAUAUAGGGGAGGGCUUUGUUCGCACGAGGGAAACGAAAGUUGAUGCAACUCCGCACAUCGCCAAAGUGCAAUACAUGACGUCCAAGGGCUCACCGGACACUACUUACCUUCAAACAUCUGUCAUAUCCAUGAAAAAUCUCAGCAUUCGCCCAUCCCCGUCGGCAAGGAAUAUCUUAAGCGAUGUUAACUUAGAAGUCCCUCUAGGAGCGCUGGCCAUGAUCCGAGGGGCAGUUGGAUCAGGCAAAUCGACCCUGCUUCGGGCUAUACUUGGCCAAGCCGUUUGCGAGACAGGCUCCACGGCAGUGGCCAUUCGACAGCCGGCCUUCUGCGCGCAAACUCCGUGGGUCCCAAGUGGCACUAUCCGCGAUGCGAUCUGUGGAACCUUCUCGGCGGGUACCGUGAGGGAGGGUGCAUUUGAUAAAAAGUGGUAUGCGACCGUUCUUCACGCAUGCGCUCUCAAUUUAGACCUGGAUUUGCUUCGCGAGGGAGACGCCACGCGAAUAGGACACGGGUCCGGUCAUGUGCUGAGUGGUGGUCAAAUGCACCGGAUCGCUCUUGCUCGAGCCGUAUACUCUCGCAGGAAACUUUUGCUUUUAGACGAUAUAUUCAGUGCACUGGACCGAAGGACUAAAACUACAAUCAUAGCGCGUCUUUUGGGGGUUGAUGGACUGCUCCGAAAUGUAAAUACCACCAUAGUUUUGGUGACACAUGAGAUGGAGCAGCUAUAUUUUGCGGAUCAAACUUAUAUUCUCUCAGAUGGGCGUCUUCGUCAGGAAGAGCCCUGCGAGGGGAAGGUCUAUCAAGACACGGGGUCUGACGCCGUAGAAGCUGAGGAGUCGAAGGGAUUCACAGAAGUAGCGAUAGAAGAUAAGGCCGCCAUGAUCUCUGAGGUAAAUGAGAUCAACGACCUCAGGAGGGCAGCAGGGGAUUCUGCUGUCUAUAUGUAUUAUUUGCGCUACAUUGGGUGGACGAAGGCUGCAGUCUUUGUCUUCUUCGUGACAAUGAAUGUCUUCUCUAGCACGUACAGCCAAAUAUGGCUUGAGCGAUGGGCUGAUCAUGGAGGUUCCCGAAGGGCACUCUAUGUCACGGUGUAUAUCCUGCUUGCCAUCUGCAACACCGUCGGAAAUGGUGGUUAUGUUUGGGCGAUCCUCAUUCUGAUCUCACCCUCAACUGCUCGCCGACUCCAUUAUGUCGUGCUGAAGACUGUCAUAAUGGCAACGCCUCGAUUUCUAGCCACUGUUGACAUGGGGUGUAUACUAAACCGAUUUAGCCAGGAUAUGACCUUGAUAGAAAGCGAUCUGCCUAUUGGCAUCUUGAUAACGGUCUCAAAUCUCUUUUCUUCAAUUGCCAGUGCUGCACUUAUUGCGACAGGAUCAAAGUACAUGGCAAUAUCUGUGCCUUUCCUGAUCGUCCUUGUCUUUUUCUUACAGUAUUUCUAUCUGAAGACAUCACGGCAACUUCGAUUACUGGACCUGGAAAGCAGAAGUCCGUUGUACUCCCAUCUUCUUGAUACUGUCGAGGGCCUCGCUACAAUUCAGGCAUUCGGCUGGGAAAUAGAUUCUCGAAUGGUCAAUUCUACAUUAUUGGAUGUUACCCAACGCACGUAUUAUAUGCUUAAUUGUAUUCAGCGCUGGCUCACCUUAGUCUUGGACCUGGUCGUCGCUGCCGAAGCGGUCAUUGUCGUCAGCUUAGCAGUGUCUUUAAGACACACCACGAGUGUCGGAUUGCUUGGAGUAUCACUCAACAGCAUUCUUGCAUUCAAUGGUAACCUUUCAGCUCUCAUAUCGGGUUGGACACAGUUGGAGAUAUCCCUUGGCUCAAUCCUACGUGUCAAAGAUUUUGAACUUAGAAUGCCACGUGAACUAUCAACCACGCAAGAAGAAAUUCCCAUCGACUGGCCAGCCCGGGGGGCUAUUGAGAUCUCGGGGAUGGCUGCGGAGUACACUUCUGAAACAACAGUACUGAGUGAUGUCUUUCUUAAAUGCUUGCCAGGUCAGAAAAUCGGUAUCUGCGGACGGACUGGGAGUGGAAAGAGCUCUUUACUGUCAACGUUACUGGGCAUGCUCACCGUGACCUGCGGCUCGAUUGUUAUCGACGACAUCAACCUUGCUACCCUCCCCCCAGAUAUAGUCCGCGAACGGCUUGUCACCAUUUCUCAAACACCUCUCAUCAUGAUCGGUUGUACAGUGAGGUUUAAUGUAGAUCCCACCGAAAGCCUACCUGACACAGAGAUCAUCACGGCUCUCGUCCGAGUUGGACUCUGGGAAGGUGUACUACUCGAAAGGGGGGGACUGGAUGCCGAAAUAACCGACACUCUAUCGCUAUCUCGAGGCGAGCAGCAACUGCUACAGCUUGCUCGUGCAAUGCUGAAAAUACAAGCCAAGAAUUCUAGGGUCUUGUUGAUAGAUGAAGGCACCAGCAGCGUCGACAUGGAAACCGACGCUCGUGUGCAAAACCUUCUGCGACAGGAUCCCUUUCGUUCAUGCACAGUCCUUACAGUUGCACAUCGUGUCCACAGUCUAUUGGCUUAUGAUCUAAUCGUUGGUUUAGAUCGGGGAAAGGUAGUAGAGACAGAUGAGCCCCUGGUUCUGAGUAAUCGGAAAGAUAGCAUCUUUAGGGGCCUUCUCAGCAGUGGAUAUUAG